AUGUCAACGGAAAUGCUUCUUUCAACGUUCGUUCGUCACGGCACAAUCACCGACACGGGCAUUCUGCUCCAAGGGCCCUCUUCACCAAACCACACCAAUACCUCGAGCACGUUGUCGUCUGUGUGCUGCUGGAGCACCGAGUCCGAAGCAAGCGCAAUUUACGAUAUUCCGUACGAGAACAUCAUCUGGUGCGAGCAGGCCAACGACGACAGCGUGGUGAAGGUGUUCUAUGUGGAAGAUGCCGGGAAAAAAAUCAAGGUAAGAAGCAUGCUAGUGGAUCUAGCGUAUGCGGUGGAAAACGACACCAUCGUCGAUUCUGUGUUGAAAAGGGCCUACCGGGGCAGCGUGGUGGCGCCGCUGAUCUUGGUUGUGCUAAACAGCUUUGGCGGAAAGGGCAAUGCUCGAGAAAUCUACCGGGAAAAAAUCUUGCCUGUGCUCGAGGCCGCCCACGUCAACAUCACCUACCAAGAAACCACCCACCACAGACACGCAGUUGAGCUUGGGCGCGAGCUCGACGAAAGCAAAUACGACGUGAUAGCGUGUUGUCUGGGGGACGGAGUGCCGCACGAGAUCAUCAACGGAAUCUACGAAAAAGACGACCGUGGCGAGGCAGCGUUCGAUAAGGUGGCCAUCACGCAGCUCCCGUGUGGCUCGGGCAAUGCUCUCUCGUUGAGCACCCACGGCACCAACGACGCCUCGGUGGCAGCGUUCCGCAUGCUCAAGGCCCAGCGCACAAAGAUGGACGUGAUGGCGGUGACGCAGAAAGUCGAUGGAGCCGACCAAACUCGCCUCAGUUUUAUGUCUCAGGCGUACGGGCUGAUAGCCGAUGCUGACAUUGGAACCGAACACUUACGGUGGAUGGGACCCAUCCGCUUUGAGAUUGGCGUGGCCCACAAGUUGGUUACCAGGGCCAAGUACCCGUGUGACUUGUGGGUGCACUAUGGGUGUGAGGGCGAAGAGGUGAAGAGACACUUUGACAAGCACACCAAGUUGCAAAACACCAAUGUGAGCGAGAGCCCCAAAAAGGCAGGGUACCCAAGUCUCGAUGACGAGCCUCCCUCCGAGUGGGAGAAGUUGUCCAGUGAUAUCUGCGACAACAUGAACAUCUUCUACGUGGGCAAGAUGCCCUACAUGUCCGACCAGGCCCAGUUUUUUCCUGCUGCGUUGCCUCAAGACGGGAUGAUGGACAUGUUGGUGACAAAUGCCAAAGCGCCGCUACUUCACAUGGUGGGUUUGUUCACAAAAAUUGACCAGGGGGCCCAUGUCCACUCAGACGAGGUGAUUCAUGCAAAGGUGUUUGGAUACCGCUUGGUGCCAAAGGUAAAAGACGACAAGACCCACUACAUAUCUGUGGAUGGAGAGAACUUCCCGUUGCUGCCGAUCCAGGUGGAAGUGAUACCACGGGCGGUGACUGUGUUGCUUCAGAACGGCCUGUACGUGGAGACUUGUUUUACUGGGAGUUAG